AUGGCCAUCACUGAGCUUAUCUUUCCAAGCGUCAAAACCGACUCAGCUUCACUCAAGGAGCUUGAACGAGACUGGCCAAGCUUGAGCAAAGGAUUGACCGAUCCUAACCCCGGCCUGCUCUACGCUUUCCGUGGAUGGAUUUUGACAGAAGAUGGACUGGAUGUAAGAGAGGCCUAUAGAGAGUUCCUUCUUUUUGAGUGGAACUCAGCCGAUUCUUUCCACGCCUUCAUCGGCUCGGAACAAUUUGCUGCUUUUGCUGGCUCUAUUAGGCAUUUGGUGACUGGGCCGCCUACUUUGCAACUAUUUGAAACAAAGUUCUCCCCAAGAGAUGCAGCUUCGGCGCCUUUGGUUGAAAUAAUUCGGGUGAAGGUCUCCAGCUCUGAGAAUGCCGAGCAAAGCCUUCAAGUGUGGGAGAAGGCAUCCCAUUAUCUGGCUGGCAAUGGAGAGAGCACGACUUCUAUCACCUAUGGCAAAAGCUCGAACCUUGAAACGGAUGUCAUUAUGUGUAUCAUAGGAUGGCAAAACGAAAAGGAACACCAUAACAUUUCCGAAGAGAAGAUCUGGUCGGAAACGAUGGAGUCUCUCAGGUCGCUGGGGAAAAUGUCACGGAUAACUGUCGGGAUUGAGGCAAUGAACCUGGGUGUGUUGUAA